CUCAUAAUUUUCAAAUGUAAAUUUGUAGUAAUCUAUCUUCUAAAUUCUAAUACAAAUUCUUCCACAUAUAUUGAUUUGAUUGUUCUUUUUUGGAAUAAAACAAAUCAAAUCCCAUUAAUAAACACAUUGUUUAUAACCGAACACCGUGACUUUGGUUGCCGACUAAUUUUAUAUGAGUAGAUCUCCCACACACACACUCUUCAAAAUCUUCACUUCUUUUUUCCUUUUUCCUGUUCAAACCAAAACGCGCAAUCUUUGUUUCUUUCUUUCUGCUGCUACCACUGUUGUACGCCCAGUAUCGCAUCCAUGGCGAUGACCCAGAGCGCGGCUGGGGCUUGUAGCCCGGUGGUUUUAAAGACGGGCCUCACCGUCAUCGCUCUCUGCAUUGCCGGCUAUAUUCUCGGUCCCCCUCUUUACUGGCAUUUCAUGGAGGGUUUGGCUGCUGUUAGUCAAUCUUCUUCUUCUUCUACUACUUGCCCUCCUUGUGUCUGCGAUUGCUCUUCUCAACCUCUCCUUUCCAUCCCCAUCGGACUGAGCAACACCUCCUUUACAGAUUGUGCAAAACGUGACCCAGAGGUGAGCGAAGACAGUGAGAAGAACUUUGCAGACUUACUGGCAGAGGAGCUGAAGCUAAGGGAAGCUGAAUCUUUGGAACAUCAGAGACGGGCAGACAUGGCUCUACUUGAGGCUAAGAAGGUGACAUCCCAGUAUCAAAAGGAAGCAGACAAAUGCACUUCCGGGAUGGAAACAUGUGAAGAAGCAAGGGAGAAAGCUGAAGCAGCAUUAACUGCCCAGAAGAGAUUAACAGCAAUGUGGGAGCAGAGAGCUCGUCAGAAAGGAUGGAAAGAAGGAAUGGCCAAGUCUCAUGCUCAGACUCAAGGAAAUGUCCAGACAGCAUAGAAGAAGCACCAUAUGACAUUGUGUGGAACAACAGCCUAAGGCUGCAUUCACAGGGAGAUUGCCUCCACCGGUACUACUUUUCACCUACAAAGGGAGUUGUAUCAUUAAAUUCAAUAUGCUAUAUGUUUACAAACUUAGAAUUAUAUGUUAUCACCAUCUCAAGUCAAAAUAUAGAAUCUUUGAAGUGUCAUCAUCUAUCUCGCCUUCUAAAAGCAAUCAAUUUUUUUUUUUGCAAGACCAACCUGUAAUCUUCUCAUUCAAAUCCAUGCCCUAAUGAAAUUUCCACUUGUAAUAUCUUGGCUAAAAAUGAAAGCCCCUUUCACUUUAUUGUUGUUGAAAACGAAAUGUGACAAGCUACAUUGUUUUGGAUGUC